AUGGCACCAUCAGCGAACGGAGGCUCCAGCAUGGGCAAUGCCAUGAACGGCACCAGCGCCUUCAAGUCCUACACCGAUGACAGAGACACCAAGUCUCAAGACACGAUCUACACCACCAGCAACGGUGUCCCCAUCCCCCAUCCCUACGAGACGCAGCGUGCAGGCACCAAUGGCCCUCUCCUCCUUCAAGACUUCCACCUGAUUGACUUGUUGUCCCACUUUGACCGAGAGCGCAUUCCAGAGCGUGUUGUCCACGCCAAAGGGAGCGGAGCACACGGAGUCUUCACAUGCACGGCACCACUCGACGAUAUCUGCCUCGCAGACUUCCUCAGCACGAAGGGGAAGCAAUGUCCCGUCACUGCCCGCUUCUCCACCGUCGGUGGCGAAUCUGGCUCUCACGACCUGGCGCGGGACCCAAGAGGCUUUUCGGUGAAGUUCAGAACAGAGGAGGGUAAUUGGGAUCAUGUGGCAAACAAUACACCCGUCUUCUUCCUCCGAGAUCCCGCCAAAUUCCCUCACUUCAUUCAUACCCAGAAGCGCCACCCCUCUACCCACCUCACCCACGCCGAUGACAGCACCGUCUUCUGGGACUACCUGUCGCAAAAUCCCGAGUCUGUCCAUCAAGUCAUGAUCUUGAUGGGCGACCGCGGCAUUCCAAAAGGCUAUCGCUUCAUGCAUGGCUACAGCGGUCACACAUACAAGCUGGUCAACAAGGCUGGUGAUUGGGUGUACGCCCAGAUCCACAUGAAGUCGAAGCAAGGAGUAGACUUCGUCACGCAGGAAGAUUCACAUGGCUACUCUCCAGAUUUCAGUCAGAAAGAUCUAUAUGAGGCAAUUGAGAAGGGCGACCACCCCAAGUGGGAUGUCGCGGUACAGACCAUGACGGCCAAGGAAGCUGAAGAGCUGUGGGAGAAGCAAAAGAUCAACGUCUUUGACCUUACACACGUCUGGCCUCAGAAGCAGUUCCCACUGCGCGUGGUUGGCGAGUUCGAGCUGAACCAGAACGCCGUGAACUACUUUGCCGAGAUCGAACAGGUUGCCUUCAACCCAUCUCACAUGGUCCCCGGCCUAGAACCAUCAGCAGAUCCCGUCUUUCAAUCCCGCCUCUUCUCCUACCCCGACACCCACCGCCAUCGCAUUGGUGUCAACUACCAGCAACUCCCUGUCAACAGCACCCAGACCCCCUACAAGACUGCCAACUUCCAACGUGAUGGGCAGAUGGCAUUCUACAACCAAGGCUCCCGCCCCAACUACCUCUCCUCCAUCGAGCCCAUCCAAUUUCGCGACCGCAGCGUCGACCUCGACAAAGUCCACGGCCAGUUUAUUAACGAGGCUGUGACCUUCCUCUCCACCAUCAACCCCGAGGACUUCAACGCUCCACGCGUGUUGUGGGAGAAGGUCUUCGACGACGGUGCAAAAGAGCGCUUCAUCAAGAAUGUCUCAGGCCACAUGUCGAACUGCCACAGCGAGGAAAUCAUCAAGCGUCAGACCGCCAUCUUCCGUGAGGUGUCUGAGGACCUUGCCUCUCGUCUCGAGAAGGCUACAGGUAUCAAGGGGUAUGAUGGAAUUGCAAACCUUUCCUUCAACGGUACCCACAACGGCAUGGCUGCAAAAGACAGCAACAAGAUCGCCAACGGCAUGGGUAGCAAAGUGGGCAAGAGCAGCGUCAGCCAUAAUGGCGCCCCCAUCAAAGGCACACACAAGCAGGAGAGCAUGAGCGCGGCGGGUACGAACGGCUCGAGGGUAAAUGGCCAUUAA